GGAUACAACACAGGGUCGGUCAUCUUUGAAGGAAAGACCAACCAGGAGAGGUGAGAAGCCAGAUGUCGUCCAGAUGGCAGAGAGCAGUGAGCGGAGGUGGAGAUGGUGGGGGUAUUGGGAGAAGUAGUGGUCACUGUAGUAGACUCGCGUCUGCUGGUGGUAACUGGGUAAGAUGGAAGGUGAUAACCCCUGUUUACCAGAUACUGCUUAUGGGAGCGUUGACGGCCAUCGCCGUCUCGCAGCUGGAAUUGAGGAACAAUGGGAAACUUCGCAGCUCGAUCGACAAGGUGCUGAAACCCUCCAUGUUGGUUUUCCCCUCGUCAGGAAAGAUUCGGGAUCAGCCAGUAGCGAACAAAGGGGAAAGGGACAAAGAUGACUCCUUUCAGGGAGAGGAUGUCAAGUGGGAGAACGAGGAGGUGGAAGAGGACGAGGUAGAAUCGCAGAUGAAUGGGCAAGUACUACCCAUCCCAGAAGAGAAGGUGGUGAAACCGCGUGUAUUGCCUGUCCAUGGAGGGAUUCUGGAUCGACUGGCAGCCAACAGGAAGCAGAGGCAGAAAGAUUACUCAUUGCAGGGAGAGAUAGUCAGAUGGGACAAAGUGGAUGAGGAGGAGGAGGAGAAGGAGGAGGAGAAGGAGGAGGAGGAGGAGGAGGGAGGGAAGGAAGAAGAGGGAAAGGAGGAAGGAAAGAAGCAAGAGGGAGGAAGCGAGCAAGGGGGGUCAGUUGACUCGCGGCAGCGAGAGGGAGGCAGAGUGGAGGGGCAAGGACGUGCGCAAGAACAGAAUGCAUACUUGCGGCAGCAGCAGAAUGUCAAAAGGCAGGGAAAGGAGGAGGAGGAGGUGAAGGAGGGACGUGAUGGUUAUCACCAAUCAUUGAACCAAUUGGCAGCGAGUUCUAUAGAAGAAGAUGGUAGCAAUUCGCCUCUGUUGCUCUCCCUGUAUAGGCAGGUUGCUGCGAAACAAGCAUCAGGCGGAGGAGAGGAGGGUAGGGAAGCAGCAGACGGUGCAGAAGUAAGCCCUAGGACGGGAUCUCAACUGAGAAUAAUCCGCGGCCAGGAGGGAAGAGGAGGCAUUGAGAGAACCACAGAAGGCAUAAGAGGAGCAGCAGAAGGAAUGCAAAGGGGAAGAGAGGGAGCGCGAGGAAUCAAAGAUGGGAGAAAGGAAGGAAUCACAAGCAGUAGAGGGAGAGUAGUAGGAGGACGAGGUGGAAGGGGAGGGGCAGGACAGCGGGGGCCUGGACAGGGAGCUGAAGGUGGAAAUGGGGGGAGAAGAGGAGGCAUAGAAAGAAGCAUAGAAGGCACAAGGGAAGCAGAAGAAGGAGGAAGACGAGGGACAACAGAGGAAACGAGAGGUCCUGGAGUAGAAGGGAGCAAGGAUGCAACCACAAGAAAAGGCAGACGAGGGGCAGGAGAAGGAGGAGGAGGAGGAAAUGAGAGGACUUCGUCAGAGGAGAUGCAGAUGGUCGUUGUCACUGGGAGCAGUGUGGAGUAUUGGCUGGGGCUGCAGAAUUUGGUUGGGUCUAUUAGAACUUUUGAGCCUAAUCGCAAGGUAGUUAUCUAUAACUUGGGUCUUCAGGAUCGCAUGGCUCAACGAAUUAGGACAUGGUGCCGUGUGGAACUUCGGUGGACAGGGGAGGACGGUGAUACCUCUCCUCUGGUAGGGUUCUCGUCCUCCGAACUGCCUGAGCAUCUGAUCGAAUUGCGUCAUUACGCGUGGAAGCCGCUCGUCAUUAAGGAUGCGAUUGAAAGAUACGGCAUCAUUCUUUGGUUGGAUGCGGGAUCAACGGUUUACGGGCGGUUAAAGAAGAUCGAGCAGCUAUUGAUUCAAGAUGGGCAUUUCCUAGUCUGGGGGCAGGACACCAACAUGGCCCCCUGGGUCGACUUAGGAAUGUUCCGGUAUUUCAAUGUUUCUAGUGGGGAUUUUGAAGGCCGCCCCAGUUUUGCCGGCAAUACUCAGGGCUAUGUCCAAGGCGGAAGGGCUCAUCAAGAAAUCAUCCCCCUUCUUGUGGAUUGCGCCCUUCACAUCGCUUGUAUUGCCCCGUCAGGCUCUUCACUGGAAAACCACCGGUACGACCAAGCGGCGCUGUCAGUGAUCGUGUAUAGUCAUCGUCUGCCCGUCACACCCCACACCGAGUUUCUCACAUUGGAGAGGAAGCUGUUGCAAUCGGAGGAUGAGGUUUACAUCCACACCUCCAGGAAUAACAUGGCGGACUAUGCGGAGUUUGCCGAUAAAUGUGAUUGAUGGAAUAAGUAGAUCGAUUGCCACGAUC